UGUUUGAUUAGAAAAAAAAAUAAAAAAAAAAUCACCUCCAGCGAAAAGUAUUUUAUUUUUUUUGGAACCACAAUUUUCCAUUUGCACCUUUCUCACCUUGCGGGAUGUCGAAUUUCAUUAUUUUCUCAUAAACAAAAAAAAAAUCUUUCUCAAUUCUAAAUAUAAAACAUUUUGUGUACCAAAAUUCUUUGCAACAAUAAAAAUCAAUUGAAAAAAAAAAAAAACAGAGCAAUGUUACGAACCGAACAAUUGUUAUAUUCUCACCCUUUAGAAUUGGCAUAAUAAUUAUUAUCCAUUAUUUUGUAUGAAGAGAAGACGAGGAUUCUCUGAUUUAUGUGCUGAUUCUGAGAGAAGUGUUUAUAUUACCAUAACAAAGCUAUCUCUCUAUACAACAGCUGCCGCAAAAAUCAAAAGAAAGAAUUUUGUAUUGGAAUAUAUUUAAUUUUUCGAAUGAUACUCUUUUAAUUGUAUUGUCUGAUAUUCUCUAGUCUAGUUUGUGAAUAUAUUUGGAACACUACUUGGUCAGUGAAGUUAAGUGAGCAGAAAAAAUGUCUACCGAGUCACAGCAGAGAGUGCCAAUGCUUGUGCCCACAUCAGAUGGAAACAAGAGUCAAUGCAAUGCCGAUACCAAUGGACAAUCAGAGCCGAAUUCAAAGAUUCUAUCGAAUGGCAUGCCCCAAUCUGGAGGCCGCCCAACCCACCACCAUCCAGGGACAUUUAUGAAGCUCAAGACAUAUUUACACGCAUUGCGUCCGUGGUCACUGUCUGCCAGUCUAGUUCCUACUCUAAUGGGAUCCGCCCUAGCUUACCGAUCCCAAUGGGCAUCCGAUUUCAAUUUCAUUACAUUUGUUCUGACCAUCUUUACCGUUGUGACUGUUCACUGUGCGGGCAAUGUGGUAAACACUUAUUUUGACUUUAUUAAAGGAAUCGACAAUCGCAAGGCAGACGACCGGACUCUUGUUGAUCAUAUUCUAUCCAAAGAUGAGGUUGUUUCCCUCGGAGCUAUCCUCUACAUGGCUGGCUGUAUUGGUUUUAUUUUCCUAGCCAUAUUGAGUCCAGCAAAAAUGGAACAUCUAGCACUUAUCUAUUUCGGUGGACUUUCAUCGAGCUUCCUCUACACUGGUGGCAUUGGUUUCAAAUACAUUGCUCUCGGCGAUGUUGUUAUUCUAAUUUUGUUUGGACCUCUUUCGGUGCUAUUUGCUUUUAUGACUCAAACAGGUCACGUGGACUGGCGAACAAUUUAUUAUGCAAUUCCAUUAGCACUCAACACUGAAGCUAUUUUACAUAGCAACAAUACCCGUGACGUUGAAAACGAUCGCAAAGCUGGCAUUGUCACCUUGGCCAUCCUAAUCGGCCGGACAUCAUCACAUGUCCUAUACGCUUUACUUCUAUUUACUCCAUAUAGCAUUUUUGUAGUUUAUGGCUUAAAAUACUCAUUGUGGUUCUUGCUACCCCUCAUCACAGUGCCACAGGCAUUCAAAAUCGAAAAGCUAUUCCGUAACGAACAGACAAUGAAUUCUGUACCCAGACAAACGGCUAAAUUAAAUUUCUUUUUUGGAAUAUUGUACGUGGUAGCCUGUUGCUGUGCAAAGAAACUGCCCGCAUUCAGCUUUAGAAGGUAUUAAAAUGUGUGACCUUCAGACUUUUAAUCUUAAAAAUAAAAAUACAUAUUGUAUGAAAUAUAAUGCUUUGGAAUAAUAAGAGAAUUUAUAUGCUCAAACAAAAUAAAAACAAAUACAUUAAAAAAUCAA